AUGACAACCAAUACUCUGCCCGAAGAUGGGAAGUACACUUUUAUAACCUCGACUCCUUCUUGUUCAGCAAAAGGGAAACAGGAGACGAAGACCCUAGUGCGAAGACAUGUGAUGCGUCCAUUCAUGAAACAAAAUCGACCAAAAAGGGCAAAUGAUCUGAAAAACAUUGCGCCAAGGUCUUUUGUGGGUGCGUCACCACUGCAAAUGUCCAUCUCACAUACGAAUAGAGAGAGGUUAGACGCGGAAUCAGAAGCAGAUGUUAAAAGCGGAGUACUAAUGGGCUUGCAAACCAAUUCGAUGAUUCUACUGGGUAAUGGCCGUGUGAAUCCCUUUCAAGCAUGGCCAGUUAAGAUGGAUACCCAAGAACAUGAGUUGGUGUAUCACAUCUGGGAUCCAGCACAAUGUUUCCAGCCAUUCAGAGACUUCUGGUUUCCGCUUGGUACCAACGAUUCCGCGGCAAUGCACUUGGUUCUGGCUAAUGUCGCCCUACAUCUUAAUGCUCUUAAAGGAAAUCGAGAGGAGGAUCGUGAUUCGAUGAUGUAUCAUCUCUCUGCUAUCAGAUCCGUAAAUCGGAGAUUGGCACAUUUUGAGGUGGAAAAUUCAGAUGGGAUUCUGGGAGCUAUACUUGGCCAUCUUCUCUCUAAUUCGGAGAGGUGGAAGAUCCACCAGACCGGCUUCUAUAAAAUACUGAGUUUGCGAGGCGGACUAUCAAGUAUCGAAAACAUCCCAUCAAUACGGCUCUCUUUGUUCUGGAUCGAACAUAAUAUGUCUAGCGACCUAGACAUAGUGCCUCUUUCUCCUCCACCUGUUCAAUAUCUUACGAAUCCUUAUCUUCUAAGGUAUCAAGCUGACGGCGAAGCUUGUUUUGUUAGCAUCUGUGAGCACUCUGCUAUCACGUCUUUCGUUUCUGUGGAGAUUCUUGAUAUCAUGAGACAGUUGAGUAUCCUCACAGUCACGAUAGCUCGUGAGAAUCAAAAGAGAAACUUAUCAAAAGAUGCUCAAUUUCUUUGGGGAGACCAAAACUUUGCUGGCCUGUGCGUCUAUCCAAUCUUGUCGAGACUUUUAACUACACAGAAAGACAUAAAGCAUGAGAUCGAAGACUUGUGUAGGAUUGGUGGGCUUCUGUUCAUAGCGCAGACAAGAAGAUGGUUUGGCGUCGCACCUGUGUUGACUAACGUGCUUAUCACCAAGCUGCGUCGAUUACUGGAGAGCGAUGGCGACGUAUGGAAUGCUAAGGUGAAUAGUCUAAGAGUAUGGACUCUUGUUAUGGCCGGCUGCGCAGCAACUACAGAGGAUGAGAGAUCGUGGAUAGCUGAAACCCUGAAACGGGAUGUCUUUGACUGGUCCGAGUUGGAGAACGUGAAGGAUAUGUGGUGGAUAGAUGAAAUCUUCCAGGUUGGACUGUUGAAUAUGGAGACAGCAUUCUAUACGCUCCAGGAGAUUAAUUAA